AUGAAUCAAAAUACAAUUAGAAGAUUACAGGUUACUCAAAGACAUUUAUUAGAGCAACAACAAGAACAACAACAAUAUCAACAUAAUAGUUCAGAUUCAUUUGAUGGAUUAGAAUCAUCAGAUACAUGUGGUAUCAUUGGUUUUGUUGGUAAAGAGGAAGCAAUUAAUUAUUUAUUAGAAGGUUUAGCAAUUUUAGAGAAUAGAGGUUAUGAUUCUGCUGGUGUUACAACUAUUUCAUCAGAUAAUGAUUUAGUUACUUCAAAAUAUGCAAGUUUAAAUACAACUAGUGAUGCAAUUACAAGAUUAAAAUCUGUAGCACAUUUACAUAAAGGUCAUGUUAUUGGUAUUGCACAUACAAGAUGGGCAACUCAUGGUGGUAAAACUGAUAAAAAUGCACAUCCACAUCUUGAUUAUAAAGAUAGAGUUGCAGUUAUUCAUAAUGGUGUAAUUGAAAAUAAUAUUAUAUUAAAAGAAGAACUUGAAAAGAAAGGUAUUGUUUUUAGAUCAGAAACUGAUACUGAAGUUAUUGCACAAUUAAUUGGUUUAUUUUUAGAUCAAGGAUUACAAAUUGUUGAUGCAAUUAAAGAAACACAAAAGAAAUUACAAGGUACAUGGGGUAUUGCAGUAGUUUGUAAGGAUAAUCCUGAUCAAAUUGUAGCAGCAAGAAAUGGUAGUCCAUUAUUAAUUGGUAUUGGAAAGGAUCGUAUGUUUAUUGCAAGUGAACCAGGUGCAUUUUCAAGACAUACCAAAGAGUUUAUUUCAAUGGAAAAUGGUGAGAUUGCAGUAUUGAAAGCUGAUGGACAUUCAUUGGAUUUAAGUAGAAUUGAAAUGGCAGCACAUGAAACCAUUGCUUUAUCACCUGAACCAUAUCCACAUUGGACCAUUAAGGAGAUUAUGGAGCAACCAAUGUCAAUCUCAAGAGCAUUGAAUUAUGGUGGUCGUAUCUCUGAUGAGUCUCGUGUUAAAUUGGGUGGUCUUGAAGAUGCAAAAGAUUUAUUGUUACCAAUUAAAAAUUUAAUUAUUACAGGUUGUGGUACAAGUUUCUUUGCUGCUCAAUUCGGUGCAAGAAUUAUGAGAUAUUUAGGUGCAUUCGAUACAGUUCAAGUUUUUGAUGCCGCUGAAAUCAUUAGAGAUACCCUCCCACAUAAUCAUGCCGGUGUUUUAAUGAUUUCACAAAGUGGUGAAACUAAAGAUGUUGCACGUAUCCUAACAUUGGCUGAAGAGUCGGGUAUUCCAAGAUUCUCAAUUGUAAAUGCCGUUGGUUCAUUGAUUGCAAGAAGUUCAAUUUGUGGUGUCUAUUUAAAUGCAGGUCGUGAACAUGCUGUAGCUUCAACCAAAGCAUUCUCAUCACAAGUUACAGUAUUAUCAUUGGUUGCAAAUUGGUUCGCUCAACAUAGAGGCAUCGAAGAGGGUAAAAGACGUCAGUUAAUCGAUUCUCUUCAUCGUUUACCAACAAAUUUGGGUAUGGCAUUACGUGUUCGUGAACAAUGUAAAGCAAUCGCUCAAAAAAUUUAUAAAAAGAAUUCAAUCUUUGUUUUGGGUAAAGGUUUCGCUGAACCAAUCGCAUUUGAAGGUGCUUUGAAAAUUAAAGAAAUCACCUAUUGUCAUGCUGAAGGUUAUAGUGGUGGUGCUCUUAAACAUGGUCCAUUCGCUCUCAUUGAACAAGAUACACCAAUUAUCUUGAUCAUUUUAGAUGAUAGUAAUUCUCCAUUAAUGAGAGUCGCCGCUGAAGAAGUAAAAGCAAGAGGUGCUCAUACUAUCGUCAUUACAAAUAAUUCAACUUUGGCUAAACAUAUCGCUCAUGAUACCAUUUUAAUUCCAAGUAAUGGUAUUUUAACUGCACUUUUAGCUGCAAUUCCAUUACAAUUAUUAGCUUAUGAAAUGGCAAUUUGUAAAAAUAUUGACCCAGAUCGUCCAAAAAAUUUAGCCAAAACUGUAACAACUGAUUAA